ACACGAUUUUUAAGCAGCAAAGUUAGAGACUUGAAAAUACGCUCCAGUUACGCUCCACCAUACACAGUAUUGCUAGGCCAAUCGCGCAAUUGCCACCAAUAUCCUUGGCCGCACCAACCUUUUUCGACACUUUUACCUGAAUCAAGGGGAUUGCUCAGUUUUCUUGUCGCGAAUUCGAACUUCAUCCAUAGACGGCUCAUUCAAUAUUUGGUCACUUUUUGUUUGUACUCGGCGGCAGUCUUGGGCUGUAGUGAUUUUUUCGAGAGGGACUCUAAGAGUCUUGAAGUCUGUUGAAGUAUAGUGGAAUCCCAUAAUCCCUCCAAGUUGCUUUCCGACUAUCUAACGCUUUUGCGUUCUUGAUGAUAUCAUUGCCAUUUAUUGAACGUACCUAUUCACCUAAUGUUCCGCUAAGAGCCUUUGCGCCCAGAACAUCUCCGGUACAUCCGCCUUCCCUUGGCCCCUCACGCUCUCUGCCACUGGUCGAACCUCCGUCGAGCCUCUUCGCCCUUUAGUAAUUUCCAGGCUUUGAACUCGGCUUCAAUUACUCCCACUAGUUGUCCUCAUCAUCUCCAUCAAUCACGCGCCUCCGGCUGGCCGACAAUUCACGCCAGCUUGAUACGAACCUGUUUUGUUACACUCUUUAGGCCCGCCGUGAUUUUAGAUCUUGUCAGGGCUUACUUGUCUCUUUAAUAUCAAGAGUUCAACAAGCUAGUUUCUGGAAAUUUCUCGACGCGCAAAGGAUCAGGCGCACUGAUGGAUCCACUCACCCAUGACUCGCUUCCACCAUUUUCACAUUCAGUCGCUCAUUCCUCUGUUGCGUAUCCAAACAGUAUUGACUGUACCUCUGACUACCCUGAAGAGUACCGGAAGUCUUCAGGAGUAGCUAAUCCGAAGAUUGACAUGGGUGAAUACUACUUGCCAAUGAAUGGCGUCAAUACCCCUUAUCACCGUGCCCAACUCCAAUUCCCAGUUGCGCCAGCAUCCUACAGACCCACCCACCCAUUCUUAGGAGAUAAAACCGGGAAGCAUCAAAAUCCACGUCCCAAGUCUUCCUCCUCGUUGGAAUCAGACCUCAAGAGUCAGGAUGAGCGUGAGCUUAUGAAUGCACCGCCGAGCGCCUACCCCUUCGAGUAUGGCUACCCAAAUGUAGCUCACUUCCGUCCUUAUGCUUCCACGACAUCGUCGGAGAAUGAAGUACAACCAUACCAGGAAGCACCAGAAAGAAGACCUUCCACGAUAGAAAAUAGAUCCGGCUCUAGCGGCGUCCAGGAACUGGCAUUACCCCCGAUCAGCAAUCAAUUGUCGCCCGAUAGCCGUUACUCAGCAGACGAACCGCCUCUCCGACAAGAGGAGUAUGCCGAAAAUCUCGUCAAGGCAGGUGUCGAAAAAACGGAAUUAUCUGAGUCCGAGCACUCCCCGAAACCUAAAUCAAAGACUGGCAAGAAGCCUUCUAGCCUUAAAGUAUCAGAGAAACGCCGACAGCAAAACAGGGCGGCACAACGGGCUAUGCGGGAGCGUCGCAAAAGAGCUGCGCAGCAUCAAGAGAUCCACAUGACUGCCAUUGUGGCAGAGAAUGCAAUGUUGCGCGAAAGAGUGAACUAUUUGUCCAACUUGCUUAUCAGCCACGCCAUCAACCCAGGAGCCUACCCAUCGUGGAGUCCGGUGCCAGCGCAAGAGAAUUCGCCGCCAAUGCUACCAAUGGUGAAUACCGGAAAUUUCCCUGCUCGUUCCGCUCAUGUUGCCGAUCACAACUCGGCAUCCUCGAAUGCGGUCGUCCCGAGUCACUCGGUGUUCCCGCCCGCUGGCCCGGCCUGCUCGUCCGACUUCCCUUCGGCACCUGGGUCUGUGCUUAACUAUUACCCCUGUUUUCAAGAAUAAUUCAUCGGCAUAUAACAAUCUGCUCGCGUUACCUAAGGCGGGCAUUGAGUUACUGAGAAUCUCUCAUUAGUUGGCUUAGUUUGGUUUGGCUAUCUUGAUUAUUUUGCUGCUUUCUUCCAUUUCACGCAUUUUCAUCUUCACCGGCACACCUAUAGGCUGUAGCGCCGCAGUUGUGGCUUUUGAAACCUGAUUGAUUUAAUAUCCAAAAGUUGUGUUCUCCGUCACGUGUCGUUCUCCAUUUCUAUUAUUCAGUCAAUUGUUUCUUACCCAACUCGUUGUUCAUCGCUAUGCUUCUUCAACUCUGGCCAUCAGGUUGUUUUUGUUUAGAUUGUUUUAACUUCUCGUUUCAUCAUAGCCUUGUGAUCGUUGUUAGGUCAUGUUAAUUGUCUUGCGAAACUACUUAUAGCGGGGUUCACAAAUAAAAUUUUCAGUUUAUGCCCG